AUGGCCCAAACCAUGUUCGGGAACCGCCAUGGCCAGCGGAGGGGUGUCUUCAGCAUCUUCGCCAUCUUCUCCGUCCUUGCCUUGGUCCUGCUCAGCAUUUCUGUCUUGAGCAGCAAUCAAAAGCCAAGGAUUCCCGCAGCCAACUUCGAAGAGCUGGGUGAUGUCGACCUCGACGACCCACAAGAAGUUAAGAAACUGCUCACCUCCAAGGUCAGAGCCUCAGCAGUAGGCGACCAGUAUCUCAUCGGAGUAGGAAAAGCUGAUAUCACUGGACCCGUCGUCGAAGUAGAGUUUGCUGGAUAUGCCGACACGGCCCAGAUCGGGACUGGGCUUCGUCAACGCCUAUACUCCCGUGCGUUCAUCGUUGGCGACGCAAGCAACCCUAGCGACCGCUUUGUAUAUCUCGUCCUGGACGUGGCAGCCGGUGACACGGCCCAGCGAUACGCCAUCCUUGAACGCCUCGCCGCUCUCGGCGGAGAUUAUUCUGUCUACGGCUCGAGCAACAUCGCCGUGACUGGAACUCACUCGCACAACGGCCCGGGAGCUUGGUGGAACUAUCUGCUUCCUCAAAUCACCAGCGCCGGCUUUGACCCCCAGUCGCUGAAUGCAAUCGCCGACGGUGCAGCCUUGUCGAUCCAGAGAGCCCAUGAGAGCCUCACCACUGGUUACCUCGAUGUCGGCACCGUCAAUAUCACAGACGGCAAUGCUUCACGAAGUCCAUCUGCAUACAUGAAUAACCCGGCCUCGGAACGUGCCUUGUACAACAGUCCCACAGAUACAACAUUGACGAUGCUUCGCUUCCAACGCGCAUCCGACGGCCUCAAUAUGGGCGUGCUUACGUGGUAUCCCGUACACGGAACCUCUAUGUAUGGAAACAACACACACGUGGCGGGAGACAACAAGGGCGUGGCAGCCUAUCUGCUCGAGCAGGCUGUGCAAUCCAGCGGCACGGCGGCCGACGGCUUCGUCGCUGGCUUUUCCCAAGCCAACGUGGGAGAUACUACGCCGAACGUGCUGGGGGCCUGGUGUGACGAUGGAUCAGGUCAGAUGUGCAGCUACGAGAACAGCACCUGUGCAGAUGGCAAAUCACAGUCGUGCCAUGGUCGCGGUCCCGAGUUCCAAGCGCUCGACCUCGGCGUGUCAUCCUGCUACGAGAUUGGUCGGCGUCAAUUUCAAGGUGCAAAGAGUCUGUAUGACUCUUUUGAGACACAGUCUACGCCCGUUGUCGGUACUACCGUCAAAUCCUUCCACUUCUUCAACGACAUGAGCACUUUCAAUUUCACGCUGCCCAACGGCACUGCUGCUGCAACAUGUCCUGCUGCGCUUGGCUAUUCUUUCGCGGCUGGAACGACGGAUUGGCCAGGCGCAUUUGACUUCACGCAGGGUGACUCGGGUGCACCCAACAACCCGGUCUGGAGUGUCGUCGCCGGCCUGCUCAAAGCCCCUGGGCCCGAGCAAGUCAAGUGCCAAUAUCCGAAGCCCGUCCUCCUAGACGUGGGCGAGCAGACCGAGCCAUAUGACUGGUCCCCAAACAUUGUCGACGUGCAGUCUUUCCGUGCGGGUCAGUUCCACAUCAUCGUCUCGCCUUCCGAGGCAACCACCAUGGCCGGCCGCCGCUGGCGCAACGCCGUCAAGACGGAAGCCGCCGCGACUUACUCGUCCAACACCGAGCCCAUCGUCGUGAUCGGCGGACCAGCCAACACGUACGCGCACUACGUCACCACCGAGGAGGAGUACGCCAUCCAGCGUUACGAGGGCGCGAGCACGCUCUACGGCCCCAACGAGCUAAACGCCUACAUCAACCUCACACUCAGCAACCUGCAGUACCUCGCGCCCACGGCCACGGGCUCGCCCGCGGCGGGGCCAUCGCCGCCUGACAACCGCGCCAAUUCCUUGGACUUCAUCACGGGCGUGGUAUACGAUGGGGCGCCGAUCGGCACGAAGUUCGGCGACGUCGUCACACAGCCCAACGCGUCGUACGCCAUCGGGUCCGUCGUCAACACCACCUUUGUCGGCGCCAACCCGCGCAACAACCUGCGGCUGGAGGGAACCUUCGCGGCGGUUGAGAAGCUCGACGGCACUACGUGGACGCAGGUGCGCAGCGACUACGACUGGUUCCUGGUCUACACCUGGGAGCGGACCAAUGGCCUGCUGGGGUACUCGCAGGUCACCAUCACUUGGGAGACGGAGAGCUAUGCAGAGGCGGGAACGUAUCGCGUGAGGUACUAUGGUGAUUCCAAGGCUGUCGGGGGCACGAUCACGGCUUUCAAUGGGACUAGUAGUCAGUUCACCUUGAAAUAG